ACAAGACAGAGAAAUUUGGAACCGAGAUUAACAGAGUUAUUUUAUUGCGUGACAGAGAAACCCAAAGGUUAGUUAAUUAACGUUAACGAUGUUCUUCUUUUUUGCAGGAGGGUUAGAAAACCAAGUACGACAAGUGGUGAAAUCCGGUGUGGGAAGGUGCAUCAACUGCAAUUCACGCGCUGAUCUUGUUGAAUACGACAAAGUCUUGAAGCUUUUUUUCGUUCCCGUUUGGCGUUGGCCAGGGAAAGACAAUCUCUUGUAUUGUCAAGAUUGUAAGUUUUUGUUUCCUCAAUCUUAUUCUCUUCCUCCUCCGCCGUCUAACGGUGGUUCUGUGUUGCCGGAGGCUUUGAGAUGUCGGUAUUGUGAUCGGGAUGUGGCGGCUGAUUUUGCGUUCUGUCCUUACUGUGGCACACAAAUAUAAACAGAGAAAGAUGGUUUUACUUUGGCUGAGGGUUAUGUUAUGGAGUUUGGUUAGUGUUUGUUUAAUGGGUUUAGGAAUUUUAAAUGAAUAAAAUGUAUACAUUAUAAGGGAAGAUAAUGUGAUUAAUAUAGUGUGUAAUGUUAUGUUUUGUAUUUUAUGUUACAUUUAGAAACAAAUAAUCAUAUGUUGCAUGUAGUUAGUUGUUUGCCCUGGAUAUAGUGAAAUAAAAUUAUGUAUGUUUUGAAA